GUACCGCAGGCAGGUUCGAAUAUGGUACGAGUUUGACCUGUUAUUGGCAGUGAUAGUUGGCACCGCGUGAUAUUGGGCACGCAUUGUGCCACCAGUCCGGCAGCCUCCGGCCGUCAAGCUGCAGUAGAGCUGGUGCAGGCUUGUCACUGGUGGCCAGCGAACUGCGCUCCGAUGAGGGGCAGCUGGCAAUGCUGUCCCAGCGCUACGCACCGAGAUGCGGGCGCGAUCUGACGCACGUAUGUGGCUGCCGCUGCUCCUCGUUUCAAUAGCGACGAGCCAGAACCUCGUCGCGGUCACGAAGGCCGCGACGCGGGCGCGCGGGGCGUCGGCGCGCGGGUCGGCGCCCGGCGUCGGCGAGUGCGUGCUGCUGUGCGCGGCCGUCUGCGACCGAAUCGACCACCACCAAGGCCACCAUAAUCUAGCGGGCCUCGUGCAGGUGGGCCAGUUCCUCAACUCGACGCGCGCGCUGGCCCGCGGCGGGUCGAACACGUCAUUCGUGGUCAUCGACUGGAAGGAGUGCCUGCCGCUGCACCCGGCACAUGCCGUCGUGUGGACGCCGGCCUCCAUCGAUACGCGCGCGGCGUGGUCGCCAAAUGACUUCCGGUUCGUGCUCUACGUCGCAUUCCUGCGGGCCUUUCCGCAGGUGCGGCGGCUCAUGAUCUGCGACGGCCGUGACACGUUACUUUCGAUUGAUCCGGUCCCACGCCUGGCGGCGCACGCGCUCUACGCCGGCGUCAACGCCGGCGGCUGCGGCAACCGGGCGCGGGCGGCGCCGCCCCGCUGCCAGGCGUUCCUGCAGAAAUGUCAGCGGGGCUACCUCAACGCGGGUCUGCUCGGCGGCGAUCGCGACCUCGUCCAGGGAGUGGUGGAGGACGUCGUGGCUUUCCUGGAAGCGUGCGAGGUCGAGGGGAACUGCCGCGGGGGCAACAAGGUGCCCAACCACAACCUGAACAUGAUCGCCGUCAACUGCGUCGUGGCCCAGCGGCAAUCGAACGGGUCGUUGGACCUGCGGACGGGCCGGCCCUUCCAGGGCGUCUGGGUAGACCACGACCGCCGGUGGGCGCUGGACCGCCGGGGCGAGCGCAACCUCCAUCUAGACCUCGACGCGGACCUCCGCGCGGUCAACGCGACGUGGGCCCACGAGGUCGUCGCGCGCAGUUUCUUCGACCCGGCGGCCCAUCAAAGGCGCCUCACGGCGACGUGACGGCGUGCCCGGACGCGGCGGCGCUGCGGCGUAAAUAAAUAAUUAAGGAAGGAAUAUCCUAAAGAAAAGGACA